UCCCUGCGCGGCGAGGUUCCCCCACCCACACGAGUCGUGUUUCACGCUGGCUGUCAAGAACCAUGGACUGUUUUUGUAUGCCUUGCUUUCUGUCAAGACACCAUGACGCCUGGUAGCCGAAUGCUGAUGGUCAUUCUAUUGUGCCAAGUGAUCCUAGGAGGUUCCAACCGGGCCAGUUUGAUACCUGCUGAGACUGGGAAGAAGAAGGUGGCUGCGGGUUUGCAUCAACAGCAGCAGCGAGGAGGAGGAGGAGGAGGAGAAGGAGGAGGAGGAGGGGACGGAGAGGGCGCCUCGGGAACUGCACACCGCCUGUUCCCAAACCAUGAACUCUUGCGUGGGUUCGAGGCCACCCUCCUCCAGAUGUUUGGGCUGCGCCGACGGCCACAGCCCAGCAAAACAGCCAUCAUCCCUUCUUACAUGAUGGAUCUCUAUCGCCUCCAGUCUGGGGACGAGGAGGAAAAUCUUCAAGAUCUCAACCUCCAAUAUCCCGAGAAAUCGACCAGCCGUGCCAACACUGUGAGAAGCUUUCACCAUGAAGAACACCUGGAACAUGUGGCCAACCCAUGGAAUCAACCCACUCGCUUCCACUUCUUUUUCAACCUCAGCAGCGUGCCGCCCACCGAGCCCAUCUCUUCUGCAGAGCUGAGACUCUUUCGACAGCAAAUCCAUGAAGCGGAAGCCGUGGCGACGGCAGCGGCUUGGGAGAAAGGCUUCCACCGGAUCAACAUUUAUGAGGUGAUGAAGCCCCUGCAAGGGGGGGACUUGAUCACCAGACUGCUGGACACACGCCUGGUGCAUCACAAUGUGAGCCGCUGGGAGAGCUUUGAUGUGAGCCCCGCAGUCAUCCGAUGGACCACAGGUGGCCAGCCUAACCAUGGGCUGGCAGUGGAGGUCAUCCACCUCUACCCCACGCAGACUCACCAGGGCAAACAUGUCCGGAUUAGCCGCUCUUUACCUCAAGGAGACCGUCUGGAGGAUGCUGAAUGGGCUCACCUCCGGCCUCUCCUGGUCACCUUCAGCCACGAUGGCAGGGGCCAGUCUCUGCUCACCCGGAGGACCAAACGCAGCCCUAAGCAUGCGCACCAGCGGCCGCGCAAGAGCAAGAAGAAUUGUCGCCGCCAUGCCCUGUACGUGGAUUUCAGCGACGUGGGCUGGAAUGACUGGAUUGUGGCCCCCCCAGGCUACCAAGCUUUCUAUUGCCACGGGGAUUGCCCCUUCCCUUUGGCUGACCACCUCAACUCCACCAACCACGCCAUUGUGCAGACUCUGGUGAAUUCCGUCAACGCCAGCAUUCCCAAAGCCUGCUGUGUCCCCACAGAGCUCAGCGCUAUCUCCAUGCUCUAUUUGGAUGAGUACGAUAAAGUUGUUCUCAAGAACUACCAGGAAAUGGUGGUAGAGGGAUGCGGCUGUCGUUAAAGGAGGAGUGGGGGGAAAUGAGUUCUCCUCAUCUCUUCCUCUUAGCCACCUCCCAGACAGUCUGGCCAAAAUGUGCCCAAGAUGAAGGGUGGGGUGGGGGGAAUGGCCUUUGAUUUCACAGAGGAAGCCAAACCUGAUCCGCCUCUUUCUCUCCAGUAACAACUACAACUCCCUUGAUCCAUUCUCCUUGACCUUAUUUAUGUGCAAAUGUUUUGACAAUAAUAAUCAUAUAUUUUGGCAAGAUAUAUUUAU